AUGGCUUCGCCCACCCCCGAUGCUCCCGCUGCCGAUCCCAUAUCGCGCGAUGCCACAGCAGAGAAGGAACAGAAGUCCGAAGUUAAUGGACAUGCGACUCCUGAGAAAUCAAAUGACGCGCCUGAAUCCACAUCAGUAAACGACAACGACAAGACAGAAGAACCUCCAGUCGAGAACGGCGUAGACAAGGAUGUUGAGAUGGCAGAGAAUGAGGAUGAGAAGAAGACAUCCCCAUCGCCACUCAAAGACGAGGCUGUAGAUAUCAAGGAUAAGUCGGACAGUGGCGACCAAGUGAAAGAAUCAAACGAUUCGAAGCCCGCGGAAGAUGAAGCAAAGGCUGCAUCAGAGGAUGUCGACAUGGCAGAUGCUGCCCCUGCCGACAAACCUCAAGAUGAUAAGCCUGCGCAAGAUGCGCCCGCUGAAGAACCUGCCACUGAAGAUUCUAAAGAUGUCGAUAUGACAGAGAAGCCCUCCGAUGCGCCGGAAAAGGGCGACGCUGCUGAUGAGAAGGCGGCCACGUCAACUGAUGCUGCAUCUCCUAAGGAAGAGACCGACGAGCAGCCUACUAGCCUGUCUCAACUUGCGAUCGAUACCAAGGAUGUUGAUGCCCCCAAGCCCUCCACCGAAGUGGCCAUGCAAGAUGCGCCUGCAGUCGACGCCUCGGCCAGCUCUAAAGUAGCGCGCGAGCGUGAGGACGAUAUUGACGAUGAGCCUGCGCCCAAACGAGCCAAGACGGAGCCCAAAUCAGAAGAGCCUGUCGACGCUGGAGUUCCCGCUCCGAUCACAGAUAGUGUUCCUGGUGAGGAUGCUCCCGAGAAGGAGAUGUCACGUUUCUCCGGUCUCGACAAAUGGAGUGACGACGGUUACAAGGAGCAGAAGCUUACCAACCAUCAACGCCGCGAGUUCAGGAAGGUGCUUGGUCGCGUCAAGAAAACCAAGUCGGGUGGUCACUUCAAAGACUCUGUCCCAAAGUUGUGGCCAGGACUUGCUGAAAGCUAUCUGUCCAAGAUCGACAAGCCCAUGGACCUAUCUGAGAUCGACAGAACUCUGCGCGAUUCCAAAUACAGCACCAUCGGUGACUUCCAAAGCGACCUGGCUCUUAUGUACGACAACACCCGUACCUUCAAUGGCACUUUACAUGAGGUGACGACUGCUGCGUUCAAUGCCAUCCGAGAUAUCUGGGAGAACAUCAUUCUGAUCCCCCAGGAAGAGGCAGUCAAGCCCAAGUCUGCGCCUAAGCCCAAGCCUCCUCGUGAGUCGCGUAUCAGCUCCCUGGGCGACUCUGUUGCCCGCAAGCCAUCUGUUGGACCAGGCACGAGCCCUGCUGCUGAGAGCGUAUCCUCAAAGCCGCGACAUGGAUCUCAAGAGGCUGCUGCUGCUGCUUCUGAAUUGCGCCGUGCUUCGAAUGCGACUGAAGGUGAUCGUCCCAAGCGAACUGUCCGUGCUCCCAAAUCCAAGGACAUCGACUACACAACCAAGCCUUCGCGCAAGAAGCUCAAGCCCGAGUUACAGUUCGCCGAGGAGACGCUGGGUGAACUGAUGCACCCCAAGAACACAGCCCUCAAUUCCUGGUUCAUGGACCCAGUUGAUGCUGAAGGGUUGAACAUCCCCCACUACUACUCCAUCAUCAAGAGACCCAUGGACCUCAACAAGAUUGCUCGGAUGUUGAAGAAUGGCGAGAUUACCAGCUUCAAGGACUUCGAUAAGAACGUGCGGUUGAUCUUCACCAAUUGCUAUACCUUCAACGGCACUGUUGACCAAGGCAACUCUGUGUCGUACGUGGCCUCCCAAUUGGAGAGCUACUACAGCAACCUGAUGAAGGACAAAGACGCUUGGCUGUCUAGGUAUGCCAAGGCGAAUGCUCCUGCCGCCACUAAUGGCAGUGAUGAGGAAGAUGAAGAUGAGGAGGCUGAGGGUGAGGAAGCAGAGGGCCCCCCUGGUGUUGACCCUACCAAGGAAGUGCGUGACCUGGAGGCCAAGCUACGAGAAGAGAGUGGCAAGCUCACUGAUCUUUACGCUGCUGAAAUUCCCAACGAGAGCAUGAUUGAGACCCAGCAGCUUAUCGUUGGUGUGGUGCAGAAGAACCUGCUGAAGGCGAAACAGGCUCUUAGCCAGCACCGCACAAAGAACCCAGAGAAGCCUGCCAAGAAGGCCAGCAAGCCUAGCAAGCCCAAGCCCAGUGGAUCUGCCCCCCGUAAGCCUAGCGGAACCGUGCCUCAUCCUAAGAAACCCAGCGGUCCCAAGAAGGCUGCUUCCAAGAAGACCCUCACUGCCGCAGAUAAGGAUUCGAUAGCUUCGGCCAUCAACGAUCUUGAAGGUGCACAGCUUGACCGUGCCAUCGACAUUAUCAAGCGAGACACGGGCCAAAAUGCAAGCACCACCUCCCCUGUCGAGUAUCGAGUAAUGCUAACAUGUUUUCACGAGGCAUUGCUCAAGCUUUGGGAGCUCUGUAAGAAGGUUCUUCCAGGGUUCGGUAAGGACUCGAAUGUUCCAUCUUCUCCAGAAGUAUCACGAGCCGCGCCACCUAAACACUCGAAGACUUCGUCAACAUCGGCGAAGCCUAAAAAGAACAAACCCAUGAGUGCCCGCGAGCAGGAGGAGCGCAUCGCACAGCUUCGUGGUCUUCGCGAUCUAUACAGACCUGGUCAGGAGCCCGGAGACGCCCAGCCUGUGCUGCAAGCUCCUACACCUACCGCCGAGUCUAGUGAUGAAUCAGACUCGGAGGAGGAGUAA